CGCAAAACAAGAACACGUUACCUUUAAAAAAUAUAUUACUUUUGUUUUUCAAAAAGAUUUAGAAUUUCUAUAUUGAAAAAAAAAAUACAGUAUAUUGGUAGAGGUUAAAUGUAAUUGGUUGAUAGUGACUACCAGUGGGUAUGGCAAAGAAGAUAAUCCCAAGAAUUAAUGUGUGUGUGUGUGUAUAUAUAGGGCAGCAGAGAUAAGGAGAGUUUGAAUGCAUUGAGAGAGAAAAGAAACAUGUCUGAUAAUCACAAGACUCGGAGUUCGGCACCGAAACUGUUUGGUUUCCCACUAACAGAGCAAGAGGAAUUUGCAGAAAGGAAAUACGAUGUCGGAGAGGACAGAAAAUUCAGGUGUCACUACUGCAAGCGGGUUUUCGCGAACUCCCAGGCCUUAGGGGGACACCAAAACGCUCACAAGAAAGAGCGUCAGAGAGCCAGGCGAUUCCAAAUCCACAGCCACAGACGCUCCUCCGUGCCACCAUCAUCACCUCUUUCAGUUACGCCUCUUACCUUUCUCACUUCCCAUGCAAUAAUACGAUCGGUGCCACUCUCGGUUACACUGCCACCCAUUUACCUUUCAUCUCCUUCUCCUUCUACUUCUACCUCUGCAAAGCACUUCCCCUCGCGCCCCGUUUUCGUUCCUUCCUCCACCCACCUCACUGCUACUGCUACCACUACAACUCCAUGUUUUCCUCUUCAGCUUUAUGCCUCACCCUCUGUACUGCAAUCUGCCUCUACUGUCCUUGAUUUUGCUGCAGACAGGGAAGUUGAUGUCCAUCUCAAAUUGUAGUUCUGUCAUGUCAGAUUGCAGGUUAAAUAUAUAUAUAUAUAAUUAACUUUUAUCUUCCUGCUUCACCUUCUUCUUUGCUACACAUCUUUUCUUUUUUCACCCCUCCCCUUAAGAUUAUGAACUUGCUUUACUAAUGGAAGAAGCUAAUGCUUGUGAUGGAAUCAGGGAUAUAGAAAUUGUUUCAUAACCGUAAUUAAUCUCAGCCGCAAGUUGCAAUUUUUUUUUUUCAGUUCACAA